AUGCUUCACAAUAGCGAAUUUGCGGUCGAAAAUGAAGUCCAAUUCCCACAUUCCUGCACAACAGUGCAAUGCAUUCAAAACGACACACAAAUAUUCAACGCAUCACACUAUUACAACUACACUUGGCCUCAAGAGUUGGCUUGCGCAUUUGAAACAUCACCUGAGGACUUUCUCACAUCAUCACUGUUUCAAACAUGUGUUUAUUUUAUGUAUAGUGCUGUAUUCAUCGUGGCUCUUUUUGGUAAUGGUUUAGUGUGUUUCGUUGUGCAUACAACACCUCGAAUGAAGACAGUGACCAACUUUUUUAUAGUGAACUUGGCGGUAGGCGAUAUACUGAUGACACUGUUUUGCGUUCCAUUUUCUUUCGUAUCUAUGCUAGUGUUGAGGUAUUGGCCAUUUGGUGCUGUGAUGUGUAAGGUAGUGAACUAUUCUCAAGCCGUGUCAGUGUUUGUAAGUGCUUACACUCUACUUGCUAUAUCCAUUGAUCGCUAUAUGGCAAUUAUGCGUCCUUUAAAGCCACGGUUAGGGAAGGCUGCUGCCAAGAUGGUAGUGCUGGUGGUAUGGGUUGGCGCAUUGGCCACGGCUGCUCCUAUACCAAUUGUUUCUCAACUACAGCGACCUUCGCCCUGGCACGAGGCUUGUGAUUUAGAUAUAUGUGGUGAACAUUGGGCCAAUGCUGAACAGAGUGAGCAGUACACGUGUGCGUUGCUAGCACUACAGUUCGCGCUGCCACUAGGCGCGCUUGUGUGCACAUAUGCGCGCAUAGCGCACGUCGUGUGGGGCGGGCGUCCGCCCGGGGAGGCGCAGUCCGCUCGCGACUCGCGUAUGCAAAGCUCCAAACGAAAGAUGAUUAAAAUGAUGGUGACAGUAGUUGCGGUAUUUACGAUCUGUUGGCUACCAUUAAACGUUUUUAUAGUGCUGUGGACAGUUCACGAGAGUGAUGAGGAAUGGAUGGCGUGGCCUGGCAUGCCGUAUGUAUGGUUUGCAAGCCACUGGUUAGCAAUGUCCCAUUCUUGCUACAACCCCAUCAUAUACUGUUACAUGAACGCGCGAUACCGACGUGGUUUUAAACAGCUUCUCGGUGGAUGGUUGUGCUUGAAAUUUAAUGACUCUGGACGAUCAUAUCACCGUUCAAGCGCCUGUGAAGGUGUGCCGUUAUCUGAAAUGCUUGGUGUAAAUGGCAAUACAACGAUAUCUCGGCGAACAGUUGUAGGCUGCAAAUGUCGGCUACCUCGUAACGGUGUCAAAAACAGCGCUAAGUGUAUCAACUGUGAAUCACUUAGGCAAGUCAAGUUGGUUCCACCGUCUAGUAUAACCACUGCACCAUCACCACCAGCUCGCGCCGUCUCUGUACGCUCACAUUUCACCUAAUUAUCCAUUCGGACUUAAUAAUUGUGAUGUGUGUACCUUUUCUACAUGGAAUUAUACAGGGCAAACGAAAAUGUGACAUCAUUGCAUAGCAAGACAAAUGAGCGGUAAGCUGUGAUAAGCACAUUAAAAAUAUAGUCAAAGUUUUAUUUAUUCCACGGUGUGUCCCCGAAGCGUCCCAUAAAUUUUCAUAAAAAAUAAUGCGUUAUUAUUAUGUACUCCGAUCAUGAGCACAUAUAUUCCCUCUCGUGUAACAGAAUUGAAGCCCCAUUGCGUUCAGGCGAUGUGUAUUAUUAUUCUA